ACGGGUUUCCUGAAAAGAGACUACUCCCAGACUCCCAGUCCCACAUAUACCAAACGGAAGUGGUCGGAGAGAGCGCCGGGGAGAGAUGUUUCUUCGGAGGUUUGCACGGCCGUCGCCACUGAUGAUGAUGAUGGCCAAAGUGAAGGAAACAACGGGGAUCGUCGGUCUCGAGGUGGUCCCAAACGCUAGGGAGGUACUAAUUGGUCUUUAUGAUAAAACCCUAAAGGAGAUCCAGCGUGUACCUGAAGACGAAGGUUACCGAAAAGCCGUUGAGAGUUUCACGCGCCACCGUCUCAAGGUCUGCAAAGAGGAAGAGGAUUGGGAAGCUAUCGAGAAACGACUCGGUUGUGGGCAAGUUGAAGAACUCAUCGAAGAGGCUCAGGAUGAGCUCAAACUCAUCGACAAAAUGAUCGAGUGGGACCCUUGGGGUGUACCUGAUGAGUAUGAAUGUGAAGUAGUGGAAAACGAUGCCCCGGUUCCAAAACACGUGCCACUACACCGGCCUGGUCCUCUUCCUGAAGAGUUCUACAAGACGCUUGAAGCUGUCAUGGCUAAAAAAGAUGAACCAGCAAUCCCCUCCUCAGGUUCACAAUGACACCAUGUACUAUGAAUAAUCAUUUUUUUUUUUUUUUUUUGACAUUUUGCAUGAUUUUAUCUGCCAAUUACACACUCGUUAUAAGAGUUAAAAUAAGCCCAACAUUCAUUCUGGCUUUCCAGCCAUUUGGCUUACUGUUAUUUGUUCAUGGGCUAUUUUCUUGUGUUUGUUGUAGCAAAUAAAAACUUAGUGUACUUUUACGGGCAGUUAAUUUAUCUUAUAUAGUUAUAUAUUCCUUA